AUGACUACGAUUGAAUCAAAGAGCGCCGUGUUUCAUAGAAGUCUUCAUACGGACCCCAUCUCAAUCGUCGGAGCUAGUGGAAACUAUCUGUAUCUGGCCGAUGGCGGAAAACUGCUUGAUGCCACAGGAGGUGCGGCUGUAUCAUGUCUGGGUCAUGGACAUCAGCGUGUGAAAGAAGCCAUCAUCAGCCAAUUGGAUGUCGUCUCGUACGUACAUUCGGCCACAUUCGCUACAGAAGCCGCAGAAUUGCUUGCAAAAGAACUCGUCGAGUCAACGGGAGGUGAAAUGUCGAAAGCGUAUAUCGUCAGUUCUGGUUCCGAAGCAAUGGAGGCAGCCUUGAAACUUGCGAGACAACAUUAUCUCGAGUCUAAACCUCCACAGCCACAGAGAACCAAGUUCAUCGCUAGACACGAGUCUUAUCAUGGGACAACCUUGGGAGCGCUGUCAAUCAGCGGCCAUAAAGCACGCCGUGCACCCUAUGAGCCUAUGCUGAUUCCUAACAUGAGCAGAGUGUCUGCCUGCAAUGCCUAUCGUGGCAUGAAAGAGAGUGAGACAGAGACAGAAUAUGUGGAUAGGCUGGCGAAGGAACUGGAUGACGAGUUCCAGCGCCUUGGUCCGGAAACCGUAUGUGCAUUUGUAGCCGAGCCAGUAGUUGGUGCUGCUUUAGGUUGCGUUCCUGCAGUCAAGGGAUAUUUUCAGGCAGUACGCGCUAUCUGCGACAAGUACGGGGCACUCUUGAUCCUCGACGAAGUAAUGUGUGGUAUGGGUCGUACAGGCACAAUGCACGCUUGGCAGUCGCCCUUGAUCGGCGUCGUUCCAGAUAUACAGACCAUUGGAAAAGGGCUAGGUGGCGGGUAUGCACCUAUAGCAGGUGUUCUGAUUAGCCGCAAGGUCACCGACACGCUCUUCAAAGGCACUGGCGCGUUUACUCAUGGACAGACAUACCAAGGUCACCCUGUCAGUUGUCGAGCGGCGCUGGAAGUACUCAGAACUCUUCAAGACGAAAAGUUAGUACAGAAUGCGGCUGCCAUGGGCGAGAAGCUAGAGGAGCUGCUGAAGCGGGUUGUCCUACCGCUGCCCCAUGUUGGUGAUGUACGAGGAAAGGGGCUCUUCUGGGGAAUUGAGUUCGUCAAGGACAAAACAACAAAGGAACCAUUUGAUCCAAAAGACAAUGUCGCAAUGAACAUCCACGAGAAAGGUUUAAGUUGUCCACACAACAUCACACUCUAUCCUGGAACUGGUACGGCUGACGGAAAAAUUGGAGACCAUAUUCUCCUUGCUCCUGCGUACAACGUGACGGCGGAAGUGAUCGAAUUGAUUGUGCAGAAAACGGCAAAAGUGAUUGAGGAGUAUUUUUCAAAAGCGUAG